UGCAGAGGAGGGACACCGCGGGGUGGGAGGUGCGACGUUUAAUCGAAAGUAAACUCAAUGAGGAAAUAAAAUAAGUCACACCCACACAAAAAGGUCCAACUGUCCUCAGCUGCAGCCGCACAGGAAAAAUAUAUUUAAAAUCCAUCCUGGGGAUUUAUUUAUUUUAAGUGGUUUAUCUUUUAAAAGCGGCAGAGUUUCAUCAUGUCAAAGGCUGCAGCGCUGAAAAUAAGCAGAGACAACGCAGUCAAGGUGGAAAACUUCCGCCAGUCGCUCUAUCAUGAGGCUGAGAAUCUGUUCUCCAGUUUCAUUCCUCUGAAGAUAAUUCAGCUGGAUGCUCUGCUCAGGGAUGACGCUCUCAGCAUCACAGACAUGUCUUCACUCCAGGCUCCUCUGGAUAUUCCCAUCCCAGAUCCUCCUGCUCCAGAAGACGAGGAAAUGGAGACAGACAAGAACGAGGAGGAAGAGAAGAAGAAGAAAAAAGCUCCAAAAUGUGGCUUCAUCAAGGGAAACGAGAAGAUCAUGUUGCUCCUG